AUGUCGCAGCAACUGGCCACGUUGGAGGAGCACGCCGACCAGGUCGGCGGGGAGGCAGAUGCGAUCGAUCAACUGCUGGGUAACCACGACGACGGCGCGCGGCUGCUGGAUUUCGUGCGAAAAAAGUUCCGCAAGGUGCACCAGGAGAAACGGGACCUGGAGGACCGGGUAAAGGACCUGGAGCACUCGCUGGACAUCAUUCAAACGGCACAGGCCUGGUCGCUGGGGAACCAGAUGUCCCACCAGCAGGCGCAGAAGGUCAAGGAGGUCACGUCGCUGCUCCUCCAGGCGAAAAAGGCACGCCAGGACGCGUUGGCCUUCAGCAAGGUGGGGAAGGGCGCGCUCUUUGAGAAGCUCCGAGUCUACAAAAACCAGCUGGAGAGGGAAAAAGCGGAAAAAAAGGAAAUGCGGGAAAGAUUGGUACGAAGAUAAUUUUGAUUUUUGUUCUGCAGAAAAGGAAUCGAGAAGCGACAUAAUCGUAGUUAGUACUAUGCUCCUCACACAGACACAGUUCUUGUACAUUCUCUGCGUCGUGAAAAUGUAGAUGAAUAAUUUCAAUUUAUUAUAAGGAACUUUCUUACUGUAAAUUGCUAAAACAUCAGGUACAAGCCUUCGAUCACGCCAAGCUGAUAAAGGAGAAGCACGCAAAGCUCGAAGAAAAGAGAAAAAAGGAACGGGAAAUAUGGCAGCAGAUGAUAAGGCAGGUGCGGGACAAGCACUACCGAGAAUUCGACAAACUCAAGAAGGGUAUUGAUUCAGCUUUGUGUUUGUUUUCGAUUGAAAAAUUUCGCUGUGCUGUCGUGUGGAUGCGCAGACUGUUUUUUGCAUGACGGCAUAUCGUGCACUUGCUUUGGAAUGUAGUCAUCAACCUUCAUCAUGCCGAUGAAAAACCAUAAUCAACAGAACUCGGCGAGCAUGACGUGCAGAAGCAAGAGAGGCUGCAGCAACUGGGCAACUUCGGUGAAAAAGUGAUGGAGGAGCUUCAGAAUCUGCAGGAGCACCUGAGCUACGUACUUCAACAUACUUGUUACUACUGUGAUUCAUUGUGCUUUCAGCAUGCUGCAUAAUGAAGAACUCUUUCUCUUCAUCUCAUGGAGAUAUCAAAGAACUGCAUCAUUUAUUUGAAACCGUACUUCUUUACAUCAGGUGAAAGCGGAAACCAUAGAGAACGUGGAGGCUGCAGCGAAGUCCCCGGUUGCCGGCGACUUCUUUAUCACGCAGGGUUAGGACGACGGACCUGCGUCGUCCCAUGACGAAUGAAGGAUGAAACCCCCCCGCGCAGGUUGUACUGCGGGAGAAUGGAGCAAGAAGAUGUUGUUGCACCCUGAGCUCAUAUAAUGAAACACUAACAUUAACACGCUGCCGCUGUAAAAUAGAAAUUAUGCAAUCGAAAACGAAAUAUGAAGCAGCUACGAUAAAAUCCGAUAACAUCGAGAUCGACGUAGUUCAGUUGCUUCUGGAUUGGUAGAACCUGAACCAGAAGUUGUUUGUUUAUUGAGAAAUUCGUACGUGUGAU